AUGUCUCUCAUAAGUCGUUUCGCUCUCUUCUUCUUUACCUUCUUUCUCUUCUCUUCCUCGUCUUCUUCACUCUAUCUAUCACCAACCACACUCUUUCUUGGUUACCAAAAGAUGAGGAAGCCCACCUCUUCUUCAUCCCCCCUCCCCUUCUCCAACCUUUCGACGCGAUCAAUCUCACGUGCUGUCGCCGAGCUUCGCGCCCUCUUCCCCUACUGGAAUCGCACCCUCGGAGCCGACCACUUCUUGAUCUCGUGUUCCGGGCUCGGCCGGUACGGUGAUCGAAACGUCAUCGAAUUGAACAAGAACUCGGUUAUAGUCUCUUGCUUCCCAACAAGGCCCGGUAACUUUAUCCCGCACAAGGAUAUAACCCUUCCUCCACUCGCGGCUAACCUCGCGCGUCGCGCGGGAACCGGGUUUUUGAAAUAUUUGGGUUAUGUUCGGUCGGGAUGGGUAAAAGAUCCGACGUGGGUCAAAAGAUUGGCGAGCCAUGCUGAUAUUUUGGUAGAAUCUGAGCCGUCUGAUUCGUCGACUUACGAGGAGCGACUAACGGGGAGUAGGUUCUGCUUGUUUGAGUACGAAGCCGGCGAUGUUUCGCCUUUAGGUGAAACGAUGCGUUUCGGGUGGGUGCCGGUACUGAUCGCCGACCGUCCGAAACAGGAUCUGCUGCUUAUGGACGUCCUGACGUGGCAAAAGCUUGCAGUGUUCGUGGGGUCCACGAGCGGGGUUCAAGAGCUUAAAAGCGUUCUGAGCCACGCGAUGGAGGGACUGUAUGAUGAACUGAGGGAAUCGUGUAUGGCGGCGAGCAAGCACCUGGAAUGGAACGGGAAGCCACAGCUGCAUGAUGCAUUCCACAUGCUGAUGUAUCAACUAUGGAUCCGACGGCAUACGAUUAGAUGCGUGCAGAGAGAAUGGGUGUUCGAGACUGCCCGUUGA